CCAGCCAGCCUCCCGUUAGCUGCUAUUUUCUAACAAGAUGGCUGCCGUUCCUGAAAGCAGAGUUCUUACUUUCAGCGUUUUUAAAUGGAGCUCAUAUUCCUCCACAUAUUUACCCGAAAAUAUCUUGGUGGAUAAACCUAACGAUCAGUCCUCAAGGUGGUCUUCAGAGAGCAACUAUCCUCCACAGUUUUUAAUCUUGAAGUUGGAAAGGCCAGCGAUUGUUCAGAGCAUCACCUUUGGCAAGUAUGAGAAGACUCAUGUCUGCAACCUCAAGAAGUUCAAAGUGUUUGGUGGGAUGAGUGAGGAGAACAUGACAGAACUUUUGUCCAGUGGCCUUAAGAACGACUACAACAAGGAGACCUUUACGUUAAAGCAUAAGAUUGAUGAGCAGAUGUUUCCCUGCAGAUUUGUGAAAAUAGUGCCUCUGAUGUCUUGGGGUCCCAGUUUUAACUUCAGCAUCUGGUACAUUGAACUGCACGGCAUUGAGGACCCUGAUGUGGUGCAGCCCUGCCUUAACUGGUACAGCAAGUACAGAGAACAGGAAGCCAUCCGGCUCUGCCUCAAGCACUUCCGGCAGCACAACUACACGGAAGCCUUCGAGUCGUUGCAGAAGAAGACGCGCAUAGCCCUGGAGCACCCCAUGCUCACACACCUGCACGACUGUCUGGUGCUGCAAGGAGACUUUGAUGCCUGUGAGGAGCUCAUAGACAAAGCAGUGAGAGAUGGUUUGUUUAACCAGUAUAUCAGCCAGCAGGAGUACAAGCCCAGGUGGAGUCAGAUCAUCCCCAAGUGCAACAAAGGUACAGGCAGCCAAGAAAUCAGCCGAGACGACGUGAACAGUGACGCCGAUGACAACAGGCCCGGGAUGAGGGGAGGACAUCAAAUGGUCAUUGACGUCCAGACUGAGACGGUGUACCUGUUCGGGGGUUGGGAUGGCACUCAGGAUUUGGCCGACUUCUGGGCCUAUAGCGUCCAGGAGAACCAGUGGGCCUGCAUCUCCAGGGACACAGAAAAAGAGAAUGGCCCGAGCGCCCGCUCCUGCCACAAGAUGUGCAUCGACUCGCAGCGCCGGCAGAUCUACACGUUGGGCCGCUACCUGGACUCCAGCGUCAGGAACAGCAAGUCCUUGAAGAGCGACUUCUACCGCUACGACAUCACGGCCAACACCUGGACGCUCCUCAGCGAGGACACGUCGGCGGACGGAGGGCCCAAGCUGGUGUUUGACCACCAGAUGUGCAUGGACUCAGAGAAGCACAUGAUUUACACGUUUGGCGGCCGCAUCCUGACGUGUAACGGCAGCGUGGAGGACAGUCGGACGUCGGAGCCACAGUUCAGCGGUCUGUACGCGUUCCACUGCCAGGCGGGGACGUGGCGCCUCCUACGGGAAGACUCGUGCAACGCUGGGCCAGAGGACAUUCAGUCCCGGAUCGGACACUGCAUGCUCUUCCACACCAGAAACCGCUGUCUCUAUGUGUUUGGGGGUCAGAGGUCAAAGACGUACCUGAACGAUUUCUUCAGCUACGAUGUGGAUGGAGAUCAUGUAGAGAUCAUAUCUGAUGGUACCAAGAAGGAUUCUGGGAUGGUUCCGAUGACGGGUUUCACCCAGAGAGCCACCAUCGACCCAGAGCUCAAUGAGAUCCACGUCCUGUCGGGGCUGAGCAAAGACAAGGACAAACGUGAGGAGAACGUGCGCAACUCGUUCUGGAUCUACGACAUCGCCCGCAACAACUGGUCAUGUGUGUAUAAGAAUGAUCAGGCUGUAAAAGAAAACCCGAGUAAGACGCUGCAGGAGGAGGAACCGUGUCCACGCUUUGCACACCAGCUGGUCUACGAUGAGAUGCACAAGGUGCACUACCUGUUUGGAGGAAACCCAGGGAAGUCGUGUUCUCCUAAGAUGCGCCUGGAUGACUUCUGGUCCCUCAAACUGUGUCGGCCCUCCAAGGAGUACCUGCUGCGCCACUGCAGAUACCUCAUCAGGAAAUACAGGUUUGAGGAGAAAGCCCAGUCAGAGCCACUGAAUGCUCUGAAGUACCUUCAGAACGACCUGUCGCUAACCGUGGACCACACUGACCCUGAUGAGACCAAAGAGUUCCAGCUCCUACCAACUGCUCUCUUCAAGUCCAGUUCUGAUUUCAUCCCUCUAGGCUUCUCUGAUGUAGACCAGACGUACGCUCAGCGAACGCAGCUCUUUGACACGCUCGUCAACUUCUUCCCCGACAGCAUGACCCCCCCGAAGGGCAACCUGGUGGACCUGAUCACCCUCUAGCAUCCUGCUCCUUUCACACCUGGCUGAACACACACCUGUGCACACACACCUAAAACACACCAGACUGGUCAGCUGAAUCCACUUUGUCCACCUCCACUUAACUGACCUGUGUUUACAGGCUUUGUCACCAUGGCGAUGAGGGUAUUAAAACACAGCACCACUUUGCUAGAUAGACAUGA